CCAGAACCACAGAAGAAGAAGAAGAAGAAGAAGAAGAAGAAGACCGACACGCAGACUCUUUCUGGACUCGGGAGUUUGUUUUCUACUUUUUCUUUCUUCCCCCCGCCGCCCCGCCGCCGCGCCGCCGCACAGGGGGCCGUGAAGCGCACACGCUGGACUCCGUCAGGUACCAGGUGCUCGCUGGCUCGCGUGGAUGCGCCAUGGACGGCUGAUUCACGCGCGUGCCCGCUGACCCAACAGAAUAUUUGCCAUGCCACAUGGGAAGGUUCUGAACUCCACCCGGCUCCUCCUCCUCCUCCUCGUCUUCGCCUCGGCCGGCGGUCGCUCCUACCCUCGCUUCUCCCGCAAUGACACCGAAUUCCAGCACCUGGCGCUCCACCCGGACCCCUCCGUGGGGACGGUGUACCUGGGCGCCGUGGACCGCCUCUUCCAGCUGGACGGCGCCGCCGGCCUCCGGCUGGAGCUGGAGGAGGCGACCGGCCCCGUGAGCGACAGCAAGGACUGCCUCCCGCCGGUGACCGAGUCCAACUGCCCCCACGCCCGGAGCACCAGCAACCACAACAAGCUGCUCCUGGUGGACCCGGCGGCGCUGGAGCUGAUCACCUGCGGCAGCAUCCACCAGGGCACCUGCCAGAAGCGCAGCCUGGCCUCCAUCAAGACGGUCCGCUUCUCCACCGAGCGGCCGGUGGACACGCAGUACGUCGCCGCCAACGACCCGGCGGUGUCGACCGUGGGGCUGGUGGUGGGCGGCGGGGAGAGGACGGUGAUGUACGUGGGCCGCGGCUACACCGCCAGCCACCCGCCCAUCUCCACCCGCCACCUCUCGGCGGAGCCCGUCUUCUCCUACGAGGAGACGGCCAAGCUGGCGGUGGCGGGCCGCCUGUCGGAGUACGACCACCACUUCGUGAUGGCGUUCGCGCGCCGCGCCUACGUCUACUUCCUGUUCUACCGGCGCGACAUCAAGUCGCCGUCGAGGGAGUACCGGACCUUCGCCGCUCGAGUCUGUCUGGACGACACCUCCUACUACUCCUACGUGGAAGUUCCUCUGGUCUGCCGUUCCGCUUCCUCUCCGCCCAGGACCUACAACCUGCUCCAGGCCGCUCGGGUGGGGCGCGGCGUCGGCCUGGAAGGGGAGGACCUGCUGGGCGUCUUCUCCGCCCCGGACGCCUCGGCGCUGUGCGUCUACCCUCUGGACGAGCUCGACCGACGCAUCGACUCCACCCGCGACCUCUGCUACACCCGGGGCGGCCGGGCGGAGGGGGGGGGGGAGGUGGCCUACAUCGAGUACGAGGUCAAGUCCAGCUGCGCCAACCUCCCCGUGAACACCCUGAAGGCGUAUCCCUGCGGCUCCGACCACACCCCCAGCCCCAUGGCGAGCCGCGUGCCGCUGGAGGCCCGGGCGGCGUGGAGCACCUCGGCCGCCCGGCUCACCGCCGUGGCCGUCAGCGUCCGGGACGGACACAGCAUCGCCUUCCUCGGGGACUCCAAAGGCUCGCUGCACAAGGUAUACCUGGGUCGAGACGGCCAAGUGGAGGUCUACGCCAACACGACCAUCCAGAUCAACUCGCCCAUCAGCGGGGACCUUCUACUGGACCAGACUGGAACACACAUCUACGUCAUGACCAAGACUACCGUGGAGAAGCUUCCCGUGGCCGAAUGCGGUGACCACCGGGACUGUCGGUCCUGUCUGUCCGCCAACGACCCGUACUGCGGCUGGUGUGUGCUGGAGGGCCGGUGCGGCCAGCGCCAGGAGUGCCGGCGCGGGUCGGAGCGCGGCCAGUGGCUGUGGAGCUUCAACCGGACGCAGCGGUGCCUCGGCGUCCGGCGGCUCGGCCUCUACAACGUCAGCCGCGGGCAGAACGCCGACAUCCAGGUGUCCGUGGACGGCCUCCCGAGCCUCGGGCCCGGAGAGGCCUACUCCUGCUUCUUCCAGGACACGGAAGCCGCCGCUUCGCUCGCUGCCGGCGGCGUGACGUGCUCCACCCCCGAUGCCGGCAGCCUGCCCCCGAUCGGCCGUGGAGACGAGUUCGUGACGGUGUCUCUGUCGCUGCGUUUCGCCAACGUCUCGGUGGCAGAGACCGAAUUCACGUUCUACGACUGCAGCCUGGUGCAGCAGCUGUCUGGACGCAGGCCGUGCCAGGGGUGCGUCAGCAGUCGCUGGGGGUGCAACUGGUGCAUCCACCUGCACGUGUGCACGCACACACACACCUGCAGCCGAGGAGUCACCGUCUACAACCACAACUUCAAACCGCCAACACCCACCAACCCAUCGCCCGGCAGAAACCUGACCCCUUCACCUCCCACUGCUGCAACAACAACAACAACAACACAGCCGUCCCCCACAGAGACUCCCACCCCCACCACAGCAGCUGUCCCUUUAACGAUGCCACCCACCACCUCUACCGCCUCCUCUACCGCCUCCCCCAUCACCGUGGCAACCGCCUCCCCCAUUGUCGGGGCCUUCAGCCCGCCCACCACGGCGCCCACCGGCGUCCUCGCCACGACCGAGGACGCCGCGGAGGGACACGGCGGCAUCGCAAGUUUCUCGGAGGCCGAGGGCUUGAAUACCGCCGGCACUCCGUUACCCAGCAGCACGAGCGAGAAGGUAGACCGUGACUCGGGGUUUUUAGAGCCGUCUGGCGAAGCUUUUGGCUCCUCCUCUUCCUCCGACGUGAACGCCUCCGGAGCAGCGUCCCGUUUAGGAGACGGCGGUGACGCGAAGGACGCCGUUCACCAAGCCGGCUACGGAGAGAGCGACUCGCAUCCGCGGCCCAGUGGGUGGGAGGAGCCAACGGGCCCAUCCCCCGCAGGCGCCAACGCCACACGCUCGCCUGAAACGGUUAUCGAGCCGAUCUCUGACUACCAGUCCGACUCUCUGACCGGCUCGUAUUCCCCGGAGUGUCCCUGUGUGGAGAAGCUUCUGGACUCCUCUCUCCUCCCCGUGAACGUGGAGAGGAAGAUCACUCUGCUGGGGCAGCACCUGAACCUCUUCCAGGACCAGAACCUGGACUACGAGUGUGUGCUGGACGUAGAGAACCGCUCCGUGGUGGUGGACGCCUCCGUGGAGCCGGACGCCACUCGGCCGUCGGCCUUCUCCAUCACCUGCCGACCCCACCAGUUCUCCUACUCCGCCCCGCUGGAGGAAUACCCGGCCGCCAUCAACGUGAGGAGGAAGAACUACUUCCUCAUCGACAGCGCCGAGGAUCUGUACGUGACCCUGUUCAACUGCUCCGUGGGCCGGUCCGACUGCAGCCGCUGUCGCACCGCCGACCCGAAGUACGGCUGCGUGUGGUGCGGCGGCGCCGCCGGCGCCCGCUGCGUGUUCCGGGACUCGUGCAGCGAGGAGGUCAAACACACGUGUCCCGCUCCCGUCAUUCACUACCUGGACCCGGCGUCGGGCCCCGUGGAGGGGGGGACGCUCCUGACCAUCUCGGGGUCCAACCUCGGCCAGCGGGCCGAAGACGUCCAGAACUCGGUCACGGUGGCCGGCGUGCCGUGCGGCGUCAUCCACGGCCGAUACGAAGUCUCCUCCAGGAUCGUGUGCGAGACCAGCAGCAGCGGGGGGGAGAAGAGCGGCCAGGCCUCGGUGAAGGUGAGGGGGGGGGGCCUCGGACUGUCGGCCCAGGUCUUCAGCUUCCAGGACCCGGUACUGAGCGGCGUGUCCCCUCAAAGGGGGCCCAAGGCGGGGGGCUCCUCCCUCACCAUCAGGGGCCGGCAGCUGAGGACCGGACACCCGGGCGAGGUCGGCGUCCUGAUCGGAGGAGUGGCGUGCGUGGUGGUCCGCAUCCAGGAGGAGGAGAUCGGCUGCGUGACCAGAGGCAGCAACCGGACCGGGGAGCACGGCAUCGUGGUGCGGUUCGGUGGCACGGAGCGCCACCUGCAGGGCCUGGUGUAUCACUACACCCACAACCCCAACGUCUCCACGGCGGCUCCGUCCAAAAGCUUCUUCAGCGGAGGCCGAGUCAUCCGGGUCUCCGGGCAGAACCUGGAUGUGGUCCAGGAGCCGAAGAUGAGGGUGACCCUCAGUCCCCCUGACAAGCUCCCCCCCAGGAGGAGGAGGAGGAGGAAGAGGAGUGAAGAGCCCCCGAAGAGAUGGAGGAGGAUAGUCCCGGAGGCGGACUGCCCCGAGGGAACGCUGUGUCACGUCAGACAGUACGAGGCUCGCUGCACUGUGAACGGCUCCACCCUCAUCCUGUGCCCGACUCCAGCCGUGGGCCCGGAGGCCAGGAGGGCCAGGGUCAAAGUUCACUUCCUCCUGGACAGCCUCCACUUUGACUUCGGCGCCGUGGGAGCCGAGGCCUUCCGCUACGAGCCCGACCCGCGGCUCUACCCGCUGAACCAGAACGACGGCAGCAAACCGUACCACCACAAGCCCGGCAGCGUCAUCUCCGUGGAGGGAGAGAACCUGGACCUGGCCAUCCACAAGCACGAGGUGGAGGCCCGGGUCGGGGCCGGCGUGUGCUCCGUGAAGACGCUCACCCACAACCACCUGUACUGUGAGCCGCCGGCCCAGCAGCCCGCCGUCGCCACGGGCAACAAGCAGGACGGCGUGGACGGGCUGCCCGAGUUCACGGUGAAGAUGGGGAACCUGAACUUCUCUCUGGGCCGAGUCCAGUACGACAGCCAGGCCCAGUCCACCUUCCCUCUGGAGGCUCAGGUGGGCGUCGGCGUGGGAGCGUCCAUCGUGGCCCUCAUCGUGCUCAUCAUCGUCCUCAUCUACAGGAGGAAGAGCAAACAGGCCAUGAGGGACUACAAGAAGGUUCAGAUCCAGCUGGAGAACCUGGAGACCAGCGUGAGAGACCGCUGCAAGAAAGAGUUCACAGACCUGAUGACGGAGAUGAUGGACAUGUCCAGUGACGUGUUGGGAUCGGGGAUCCCCAUCCUGGAUUACCGGGUGUACGCCGAGCGCAUUUUCUUCCCCGGCCACCGGGAGUCGCCACUGAGACGAGAUCUGGACGUGCCGGAGAGUCGCAGGCAGACGGUGGAGCAAGGCCUGGGCCUGCUGUCCAACCUGCUCAACAGCAAGCUGUUCCUCACCAAGUUCAUUCACACGCUGGAGGUCCAGCGGACCUUCUCCCCGAGGGACCGGGCCUACGUGGCGUCCCUGCUGACCGUGGCCCUGCACGGCAAGCUGGAGUACUUCACGGACAUCCUGAAGACGCUGCUCAACGACCUGGUGGAGCAGUACGUGGCCAAGAACCCCAAACUGAUGCUCAGGAGAACGGAAUCGGUGGUUGAGAAGCUCCUGACGAACUGGAUGUCCAUCUGUCUGUUCAGCUUCCUGAGGGAGUCGGUGGGCGAGGCGUUCUACAUGCUGUUCAGAGCCAUCAAGCACCAGGUGGACAAAGGCCCGGUGGACGCCGUGACGGGGAAGGCCAAGUACACGCUGAACGACAACCGGCUGCUGCGAGAGGACGUGGAGUACCGCACGCUGACCCUGAACAUGGUAGUGCCCGCCGGCGAAGGCGCCACCGCCACGCCGCCGGUGGCGACCAAAGUCCUGGACUGUGACACCAUCACCCAGGUGAAGGAGAAGCUGCUGGAGCAGAGCUGGAAGGGCACCUCCUUCUCCCAGAGGCCCCACGUGGACUCGCUGCACCUCGAGUGGCGUUCGGGCGUGGCGGGUCACCUGAUCCUGUCGGACGAGGACCUGACGUCGGUGGUGCAGGGCCUGUGGAAACGCCUCAACACGCUGCAGCACUACAAGGUCCCCGACGGCGCCACGGUGGCCCUCGUCCCCCGGAGCACCAAGAACCACGUCCACGACAGCCACGACUACUCGCCCGGAGAGAAGACCCCCAUGCUGGACGACGGGGACGAGGGAGGAGUCCGGCUCUGGCAUCUGGUGAAAGCCGGCGAGGAGGCGGAGCUUCCCAAGCAGCGGCGGGGCAGCGUGAGGGAGCGCGGCGGCGAGCGCGCCAAGGCCAUCCCCGAGAUCUACCUCACCAGGCUGCUGUACAUGAAGGGCACGCUGCAGAAGUUCGUGGACGACGUGUUCGUGGCGAUCCUCAGCACCAGCCGCCCCGUGCCGCUCGCUGUCAAAUACUUCUUUGACCUCCUGGACGAGCAGGCGGAGAAACACCACAUCCUGGACCCCGAGACGCUGCACAUCUGGAAGACCAACAGCCUUCCUCUGCGGUUCUGGAUCAACAUCCUGAAGAACCCUCAGUUCAUCUUUGACGUGCAGACGUCUGACCACGUGGACGCCGUGCUGUCCGUCAUCGCCCAGACCUUCAUGGACUCGUGCACCAUCGCCGACCACAAGCUGGGCCGGGACUCGCCCAUCAACAAGCUGCUGUACGCCAGAGACAUCCCCCGCUACAAGCAGAUGGUGGAGAGGUACUACGCAGACAUCCGUCAGACGAUCUCCGCCAGUGAUCAGGAGAUGAACUCGGCUCUGGCCGAACUCUCUCGCAACUACGCUGCCGAGGUCAACUCCCUGGUGGCGCUGCACGAGCUGUACAAGUACAUCAACAAGUACUACGACCAAAUCGUCACGGCGCUGGAGGACGACGCCACGGCCCAGAAGAUGCAGCUCGGCUACCGGCUGCAGCAGAUCGCCGCCGCCGUGGAGAACAAAGUCACCGACCUAUGACCCCCCCCCGAAGGACGGGAUCCAACUCGACCUUUGACCUCCAGCUGACGGAGAAUAAAAGUCCUCCCUCGUUCUUCCCGGCGCAGAGGGACACCGGGACUCGGGGUUUUGCCGUCUUUUCGACGGACUGAUUUUGCUGGCGUCGCCUCGUUUCCUGUCCCACAGGAAGUGGCGAGCAAAGAGACGGACAAGAGAACGAGGGAAGAACAUGAACUAGACGGACACGAUGUGAGAAGCGUCGUCUUCCCUCCGACUCUCCGCCUCCCGGGGCUCGAGGGCCUCCGGCUGCACGGCGCCCCCUGCUGGCGAGACGAAGAACCUGUGGACGAGGAACGAAGGGAACAAGGAGGAAUGUUUCUCCUCCACGGCGUCCGAGUCUCACAGGGAGGACGGACCGAUGAGCAUGACAUCAUUGUGAGUCUUACUUCAUGACGUGAUGUCCUGUGUGUGUGUGGGGGGGGCGGGGCUUAGCUUCACAUUGCCACUUGUGCUUUUGCCGCAAUUUCUGUAGUUUGAACUGAAGGAAGAAGAAGUGUUGAUUUUAAUUGAGGAUGAAUGAAGACGUGAAGACGAGAAGACGAGAAGACGAGAAGACGUGAAGACGAGAAGACGAGAAGACGUGAAGACGAGAAGACGUGAAGACGAGAAGACGAGAAGACGGGAAGACGAGAAGACGUGAAGACGAGAAGACGUGAAGACGAGAAGACGAGAAGACGAGAAGACGUGAAGACGAGAAGACGUGAAGACGAGAAGACGAGAAGACGUGAAGACGAGAAGACGUGAAGACAAGACGUGAAGACGAGAAGACGGGAAGACGUGAAGACGAGAAGACGUACCUGUGCUAAAGUAUCCGUACUAAAGUAUUUGUACUAAAUCAAUGAAAACCUAAAUGUAUGGAAGACCAAGUCCGACUUGUUGGAUGAUAAACACACAAAUAGAUGAAUCAUGAAUUUGUAGGUUUUACUAUUUAUUUCCUUUCCCAUUUUUCACUUGUGUAAUUUAUUUCAACGCCAUGUUUUUAUCAGUGUUUUUCCUUCCGUCCACAUUCAUGUUCACGCAGCCAGAUUCCACGCAGCGUUUCACGUGUAAAUAGCGUCGUGCCAUUAAAGUGUUUUUGUAUAGAAUCUGCUGGACGCUGUAACGGUACUUUGAUGUUCUCGUAUCUCUGCACUUGGUUCUCCUCUCUGGAACCGGACGUCCUCGAGUCGCAGUACCGCCACGUUGCUCCGGGGGUUCUCCGACCCCUCAAACCUUCUACCGGAGGCUCGGCACGACUCGGACCAAUACUUAUUGUUUCCUUCUCUUAUCCGUCGGCUGGUUGGUUCAUCGGGUUGGAAACAUUCAAAUAAUAAAGUUAAACAAAAAUGUGAAUAAACUUUAAACAAUUUAAAUCCAACAAAUGAAUCCAAACAAGGAAACACAUGAGCACACGUGUGUUGUCACAGUCUCUCUCUCUCUCUACCAAAGUCAAGCGAGCUGAUAACAAUAUGUCAUUAAAAAACCCUGAACAAAAUCAAGGAAACUGGACGUAGUUUAUGAGUUCUGCUCAUGAACAUAAAGCCCGUUAAAAUCAAACUCCCAAAGACCUGUUGCUCCAGAAACAUGGACUCUAUAUGCCGAAUGACAUCAUGACCCCCCUCCCCCCAACUCUCGUAUUGGCUCACCCUGAAGAGGAAGAAAAUGAAAUCUAAAAGCAGCGAUGACGUCGUUUUGCUUUUUUGUGGUUUUUGGAGCAAUGGGCUGUCAACCAAUGGGCCGCUGACCAAUGGGUUGUCGGACCAAUGGGUUGUUGGGCCAAUGGGCCGUCGACCAAUGGGCCGUCGGACCAAUGGGUCGUCGGACCAAUGGGUUGUCGGACCAAUGGGCCGUCGACCAAUGGGCCGUCGGACCAAUGGGUCGUCGGACCAAUGGGCCGUCGACCAAUGGGCCAAUGGGUCGUCGACCAAUGGGCCGUCGGACCAAUGGGUUGUCGGACCAAUGGGCCGUCGACCAAUGGGCCAAUGGGCCGUCGACCAAUGGGCCGUCGGACCAAUGGGUUGUCGGACCAAUGGGUCGUCGACGAAUGGGCCGUCGACCAAUGGGCCAAUGGGCCGUCGACCAAUGGGCCGUCGACCAAUGGGCCAAUGGGCCGUCGACCAAUGGGAUGUCGGACCAAUGGGCCGUCGACCAAUGGGCUUUCCAUUGGUGUGACUCGUGGUUCCUCCUGAGGGGCUGGAUGGCGUUCAGCUGCUCGUCUUCUAGGCUCCUCCCUUCUCUCAGCCACACGGCGCUCUGCAGUGACGCCACAUGGGAACGUCUUUUCAAAUGUAAUUUAUUUUAUAUUUAUUAUCUGUUGCACAUGUUGUUCUGCUCAUGCUCCUCUGGGUCUGAUGCAUCAUGGGUAUUCUUUUGUACUUUUUUUUUCCAGCUGUCCCGACAUUCUGAGUUUCAAUCUUUAUUUUUAGAAUCAAAAGAAAAGUAUGAUUUGUUUAUUCUGUAUUAUUUUUGUACAUUCACAACAUUCUUUGCACAUUAUUGUUGCUCGUUUCUGACGUGCGUGUGUGUGUGUGUGCGUGUGUGUGUGUGUGUGUGUGUGCGUGUGUGUCCUGUAGAUUCAUUCUGCUCUCUGACGUCAUGUGACGUAAUAAAGUCUUCCCCAUGUUGACGA